AAGGUGUAAUGUUGUCGAAAUCUGCUUCCAUCAGUUCAUGCAAUUGCAUUACAAAUUUAGGCGUACGAAUCAACCAUAGAUGUUCUUGCUAAGAACCUUCCAGUUCCACUGUAACCCCAUCGUUUUCAAGCAGCUCUUCUACCCAAUUCCCUCGUCACCUAUUUGCUCCUUUCCCACUCAUCGUUACCAUUUGAAGCUCAAGACUGAUCAUUUCAUUACGAGGGUGGUUUCUUCGCGAGCACAAUCGUCCGCCUUAGAAAUGGUCAAAGCCAUAAGGGUUCAUGAACUUGGUGGCCCUGAGGUUCUUAAAUGGGAGGAUGUGGAAAUUGGACAGCCAAAGGAGGGUGAGGUUCGAGUUAGAAAUAAGGCGAUUGGCCUAAAUUUUAUUGAUGUAUACUUCAGAAAAGGAGUAUACAAGGCUGCUACCAUGCCCUUUACUCCAGGCAUGGAAGCUGCUGGGGUGGUGACCGCAGUGGGCCCUGGAGUAAAUGACAGGAAGGUUGGCGAUGUUGUUGCUUAUGCUGGAAACCCAAUGGGCUCAUAUACCGAAGAACAAAUACUUCCUGCUGACAAAGUUGUUCCAGUUCCUCCCUCAGUUGAUCCUACAAUUGCAGCAUCUGUCAUACUGAAGGGCAUGACUGCUCAGUUUCUAGUCCGUCGUUGCUACAAGGUUGAACCAGGUCAUAUUGUCCUCGUUCAUGCAGCAGCUGGUGGAGUUGGAUCCCUGUUGUGUCAAUGGGCCAACAGUCUUGGUGCCACUGUCAUUGGUACUGUCUCAACCGAAGAGAAGGCAGCAAAAGCCAAGGAGGAUGGAUGCCAUCAUGUUAUUAUCUAUACAAAAGAGGACUUUGUUGCUCGUGUUAAUGAAAUAACUUCUGGAAAUGGAGUUAAUGUUGUUUAUGACUCUGUAGGAAAGGAUACCUUUCAGGGAUCGUUGGCAUGUCUAAAAACUCGUGGCUACAUGGUGAGUUUUGGACAAUCAUCAGGUACACCUGACCCAGUUCCACUCUCGGCAAUUGCAGCGAAAUCUCUGUUUUUAACAAGGCCUACCCUCAUGCAAUAUACCACAAUGCGGGACGAGCUACUGGAGGCUGCUAAAGAGGUAUUUGCAAACGUAGAAUCUGGCGCUUUACGAGUUCAUGUUAAUCAUACAUACCCUUUAUCGGAAGCAGCACAAGCACACUCUGACCUUGAGAGCCGAAAAACAACUGGGUCAGUUGUGCUUCUUCCUUAAAAAUACUGUCUUUUGGAAAUAGGUUUCAUGUUGGUUUAUGCUGAUGAAUGAUUGAUUAUAUGGAAAACCAUUUCUCUUUAUACGUUUUUUUGUAAUGACUUUGUGAAAUAAAAUAGCUAUGAGACUUUGCUUUCAAUAAAAUUAUGUUGCAUAGAUUUGACGAUUGUAA